AUGCAUCCCUGGUAUCGUCAACCUUCUCUCAAACGCCGACUGUCACACGACGAGGACGAGGAAGAUAAACCCGACCGCACACCCGCACGCGUCGUCCCAGACUCUCCCUCCAGGCCCUUGAGUAAAACCACACACCACACGAAGAGGCGCAGAUGCGACACGCUCGAGCGCGGCAUCGCCCAAUUGACCCUCAACACCACCGCUAACCGCGCGCCCGUCGCCCCCCCACCGCUGGUCCUCUACCCCACCAAUCCCAGCGCGAGCACCGGGCCCACCACAGCCUGCACACAGGCUCCAGCACCCGGCCUCACCAUCACACCCAUCUCUCCCCCCGGUCCCUUUGGCCAGCCGGCGUGGAACGCGUCGCAGACGCCGUACGGGUACGCUUAUCCAUACACGAACGCGUCCCAGCCCGUCGUUCUCCCCGGGUCCGUUGAGGAGCCUACCUCACCCCUGGCACCACCGCGCGCAGCAGAGGAGGAGCCGGACGUACCGGACGUGCAGAUGCGGGGCCCGUCGUGGUACGAGAUAGAGAAAGAUCGCAUCGUCAUAAACGACCUGGAAGACUCGGACAGCGAGGAGAACGAAGAGGGCUCGUCAGCCGAGGGUGGAAUGACCCUGUCACCGGCGCUACUUGAACACCUCGCAAACGGGAACCAGAGUGCACUACCCGUCUUUCCAGAGCCGGACGCGAGCAAGGCGCUGGUGCUCUUCCGGCCGCUAGUCAUCCCCACAGAUACUAGUGAAGAAGAGAAGAAGCCGGAGGAAGAAAGGGAUGUUCCGGACGUGUCGCCAGUUGCUCGGACUGAUAUUAUGCUCGACGAUGACGAUGCUAUGGAUGUUGAACCUAUGGACAUUGAGCUAUAA